AUGGAGUCCAACGACCGGGACGAGCACCAGUCGCCGUCGAUCAAGCUCCGGCGUGGCGGCAGCGACGUGACGACGUCGCUGGUCAAUGGCAGGUGGGUGAUCUCGGCCGCCGUCACCGUGUUCCUGUUCAUCGCCGCCACGCUGCUCGCAGUGUCGUCUUCGCUGUCGAUGAACCCCAUCUCGGCCUCCUUCUACACCUUCGUCUCGGCCACCCGCGCAAGCUUUGCCGCGCCGCCCACGCCUCCCCCCGGCGCCGACGUGCCGCGGCUAGCCUACCUGAUCUCCGGGUCCAAGGGCGACCUGGACCGGCUGUGGCGGGUGCUGCACGCGCUCUAUCACCCGCGGAACCUGUACGUGGUACACCUGGACCUCGAAUCCAGCGUGGAGGACCGGCUGGAGCUGGCGGUGAGGGUGGACAACAGCACGGUCUUCCAGCGGGUCGGCAAUGUCGAGGUGAUCCGGCGCUCCAACAUGGUGACUUACCGCGGCCCGACCAUGGUGGCCAACACCCUGCAUGCCUGCGCCAUGCUCCUCCACCGGAGCCGCGAUUGGGACUGGUUCAUCAACCUCUCCGCUUCCGACUACCCGCUCAUGACACAGGACGAUAUCCUGCACGUAUUCUCGACGCUGCCGAGGAACGUCAGCUUCAUGGAGCAUACCAGCCGACUGGGCUGGAAGGCGAACGUGCGGGGGAGGCCUCUGAUUGUGGACCCUGGGCUCUACAUGUCGACGAAGCAGGACAUCUUCACAGUGACGCAGCGGCGGGAGCUGCCGACGGCGUUCAAGCUGUACACGGGGUCGGCGUGGAUGGCGCUGACGCGCGACUUCCUGGAGUACGUGGUGUGGGGGUGGGAGUCGAACCUGCCGAGGACGCUCCUCAUGUACUACACCAACUUCGUCUCUUCCCCGGAGUUCUACUUCCAGACCCUGCUCUGCAACACGCCGCGCUUCGUGCCCACCGUCGCCAACCACGACCUGCACCACAUCCAGUGGGGCAAGCCGGCGGGGCAGCACCCGCUCAAUCUCCGCCUCGCCGACAAGGGCCGCAUGGUGAGCAGCAACGCGCCCUUCGCGCGCAAGAUCGGGCGCGACGACCCCCUGCUAGACGCCAUUGACGCCGAGCUCCUGCUAGGCCGCGGGAAGAACGCCACCACCGGGAUGUUCGUGCCAGGCGGGUGGUGCGGCGAACACGGUAACUGCAGCGCCGCGGCUGCCGGUGUCGACGACUGGGUGCUCAGGCCCGGGUCUGGCGCCGAGAGGCUGGGGAGGCUCAUGGACAGGAUCGUCAGGUCUGAGGCCUUCGUCAACGACCAGUGCAAAUAG